AUGACUGAAUCAUUUGAAUUUCAAACAUUACCAAAUAAUAUUGUAAAACAUAAUAAAUCAAAUUUACCCCAACUGUCAUUCAUUUCUUUGUCUUUUUUUCCACCCCAAAUAAAUAUUGAUAAAUUAUUCAUGGUAAAACCUAAUUAUACACCUUCUAAAUCAAGUAAUGCCUUUAUCAUCUAUCAGAAAAACUUUAUUAAUCAUCUUUAUUUAUUUGGGAUAAGUUUAAAAAUGACUGAUGUAUCACCUAUUAUUUCAAAAACUUGGAAAAAAAAACCAGAAUAUGUAAAAAACGAAUAUAGAAGAAUUGCUGAUAUUGCUAAAAUAAGAUUUAAAGAACUUUACCCUAAUUCGAAAUGUGUUUAUAGAAGAAAGAAAAAAAAAGAAAUUCAACCAACACUUACUCCGAUAUUUUUAUCAGAUGAAUCAGAAUCAUUUAAAAUUGAAAAUAAUCAACACGAAUAUCCUUUACCAAUUAAAAAUUCAUUUAAUUCUUUUAAAAAAAUAUGUUAUUUAUCCGUAUCAAUCUUAUAA